CCGGAUGUAGCUGCGUCGGUCAACUAUUGUUUAUACAAAUUGUCACCAAAUGCCAAAAAGGUGGAUUUGACGCCGUUGUAUCUGUAUUGUAAUACCUUUAUUGUUUGCAAUCUUAAUAGUAAUUUAAGCAGCUUGGAUUGAUUACAUGUUUCAAGCGCUUUUGAUACUGAGCGACCGAGGGUCAGAUGUAGAUGUGAUUUGUUUGCAGAAUAAUUAGUUAACGGUAUAGUCAGUCGGCCGUGCUCUCAUGACACCGGAUAACUCAGCGAGAACUGCUUUCUGUCAGUGUCUUUUAUUGGUUAGAUGCACAAUAGCAGGUUGGUUAACUACUAUCUCUAGUCUAGACGAGAUUGACUCACCCACUGUUGAGAGUGUGUAUGGGCCACUGUGCCGACUACUCCGCUCUCAUUCUACAGCCAGAGAACAAAUGUGUUUUUUUAUUAUUUUUAUUAUUGGAUUGAAUGAGUACGCGUAGAGCUAGCCGCCACACAGAGGUGUUUUGUUGGUGCAAGGGAUGAGUAAGGCUGAAUGAUGUGUCGGGUUAGUGGCGGUCUUCCCGGGAAAGACAGGGGAUUGCAUGUAAUGCUGGCUGACUGAGGACAGAGAUGUUGUGGAAUAGCCCAAAGCUCUGUCAUCACUAACUGAGCUGGCUGGAGUGGCAGCAGAAGGCCUCCCUCUUAUGGAUGUCUGCAGUAAGAACUCAAAUCGCACAGCCCCGGUGGGCGAGGGGGGACUCAGGCAAGCCGAUGUGCCCCUGUGCUCUCGGACCAAUGGCUGGAGCUGGCCUCCACACCCCUUCCAACUGCUGGCCUGGCUGCUUUACCUGUACUUCGCUGUCAUUGGUUUUGGUGUGUUUGUGCCUCUGAUCCCCACACACUGGAUCCCAGCUGGAUAUAUUUGUACAGGGAUCACAUUUGUCUGUCACCUGUUCAUGCAUCUGAUGGCGGUCUCCAUCGACCCUGCAGAUUAUAAUGUCAGAGCUAAGAGUUAUAGGGGACCCAUGCCAGUUUUUGACCACACCAAACAUGCACACGUCAUCGAGAACUGUCACUGCUACCUCUGUGAAGUUGAUGUGGGCCCAAAAUCAAAACACUGUAGUGCAUGUAAUAAAUGUGUGGCAAGCUUUGAUCACCACUGUAGAUGGCUAAACAAUUGUGUGGGCAGCAGAAACUACUGGCUUUUUCUCAAUAGUGUGAUUUCUGCUCUGCUGGGAAUUGUUUUGGUUGUAGUUAUUGCCAGUUAUGUUUUUAUAGAGUUCUUUUUGGACCCAUCAAAACUCCGAUCUGACAAGCAUUUUCUACAGGUGAAGAAUGAGUCUGUGGUGUGGUUUGUAUUUCUGCCAGUGGCUCCAGUCACCACUGCAGGUCCAGCCAUUCCUGCUCUGGCAGGAGUCACUAUUGCUCUGGGCCUACUGUCUGCACUUUUGCUGGGCCACUUGCUCUGCUUCCACAUAUACCUCAUGUGGAACAGACUUAGUACAUAUGAGUAUAUUGUGCAGCAGCGUCAUCGGCAAGAGGCUAAAGAUUCCAGAAAGGCAUCUCCUGAGAAUGAAUCUGCAAUUCCAAAGAUGAAUCUUAUCAAGCAGCAAGUCAGUUAUACUGGAACGCUCGGCUACACCAACCCUGAGAUGGAGGUAGAAGAUCCAACUGCCAUGAGUGCCCAAGAAGGAUCAGUGCAUUAUGGGAACGGCCGAGUCAAAGGUCCAUCCGAGCAAAUAGGUGAAGAAGACCACCUCCCUGCUGUCUCAACAGAGCGCAAAGCAUCACCUCGCCCUCGUAAAAACACGCAGAAAAAAAAGAAGAAAGUGCGCAAACUUGCAUCUGAGAUAAGCAGUGACCGGUCAACUGACACCAGCACCACCAGAGGCAUGCCAAAGACUUCUGCUGAGCAGGAGUCCUCUGUAGCUGCCACCACUGUGUCCUCAUCCCUUGGUCAACGCUUACCCUUCCCAGCAUUUCCUCUGCGGGCCUCCCUCCUUCCUCUUGCUCUUGUACAGGCUGCUGGCCCCCCUGCUGAAUAUCAUUCUGACUCUGCAGAAUCUCUGGAGGAAAUCCCUGUAGCAAUGGCACGCCUUGGCAGCGCCGCCCUGGCAGGGGCUUCGACCCCCAUCUGCACUACUACUGCUCUGCUGCUGCUGCAUGAUGCUGCUUCUGCCAACUACUCCUCUUCUCUCCAGUGUGCUUUGCCUCCCUCAGCAGCUGGACAGCCGCUACCCUCCCCUCUACCCAGGACCAAGAGGAAAGCAUCAGCUCGUAAAUCUUCAGAGCAGAUGUUUGAGAUUGUGUCCCAUAAUCUAACUAUGUUUGUGAGUCGAGAGAGUGGUGAGCCUGCCAUGCACCGAGAAGGCAUUAGCUCUGAGGAAAAUUCACGCUUAGCAAAACGCAAACAGACAAAUAAAAAGAGAAGUGUGGAGGAUCCUAAACCCGGCAUACGAGGAGGAACCCCACUGGCAUAGCAAAUACUACACACUACAGAGACACAACACUCCUAGUCAGGACUCAUGGGCAUUGAUCCUCUCUCAAAAAAGUUGAGUUGUUUUGAAAACAAGAGGAUCAGAUAAAGACUAAUCUGAUAUAUCUGAUCUUUUUUUACUGGUCUUUUUUACUGGUCCAUCUACUGGUUUAAACCAGUAAUGCUUGUUGUCAUCGGUCAGUGACGUUUGGUCUAAACUCCAGAUGUGAAAGCUGAUGUUAGAUCCUAUGCUUUGGACAUUGAUGCACAAUAAAAUGAUCCAUCAAUAAAUCUUUUGAAGAAUCCUAUCAACAAUGUUCAUUACAAACUAACUAACUUAGCUUUUCAGAAAUUCCGGUACGUUUCACGACAAUUUCACUGUAGCAUUGCAAAAAUAUGUUUUAAAACGUAAUGCAGCUGUCUGUAUUUAUUUAUAUAUGUUAAAUGCCAAAGUUCAUUUAUGAUGCAUAGGUUUUCUAAGCUGAAACAUGCUAUUUGACAAAUUAUUAUGAUUUUUUUUUUGUCAGUAUUUGUACAUUAUUCCAAAAGUUACCUUAUUUUUUAAAACUGUUAUUAUUAUCAGUCUUUUAUUUAUUGUUGUUUUUAUAAGCAUUUAUUUGGUUGUUUGAAUCAAAUCCACAUGUGUUUGUGUGAACUUGACUCUUCAGUAUGCACUACAGAGUGUACCUGUAGUAAUAUUUGAACCUAAAGUCUCUUAUGUUUUCAGUUAUUUCACUGUUUCGAAACUGCUAGCUGUGAGACAGUUGUUGCCUGAUAGGGAAGCAAUAAGAAAUAUGUUUUUGUGCUUUUUUUUUUUCAGUUAUUAUCCACCAAUUUCUUUUUAACUACAUUUUCUUCUCAGUCACCAAUGAGCAAGGUUUCAAUGGCUCUGUUUUCAUUUAAGCAUUUAAAUAUUAUAUGAAAACUGAAGUGUAUAUUUGUAACAUUUUAAUAAAUGUUUGCACUACAGAGGACUUUUGGGAAAUGCUUUCUAUGAAGCCUGUACUUAUAAUGCAUAAUUCUUAAAGGAAUAUUCUGGGUUCAAUACAAGUUAAGCUCAACCGAUAGCAUUUGUGGCAUGAUGCUAAUUACCACAAACUCAUUCCUCCUUAAAAAGAAAUGCAAAAAUUACAAUGCAGGUUACAGUGAGGCACUUACUGUGAAAUAUUCUGGAAUACAAUGGAAUGGCACUUACAAUCAUGUUUUGCUACUC